UUAGGGAGUGAGUCACGGGGAGGAAAGGCAGGUGCAGGGAACAUGGUCAGUGAGCUUCUGACAGUGUGGUCGGGGGACCCUCGUGCUGAGCCCAGCGUAACUACAGACCCGUCCAAUCACUAUGUUGUACGCCUGAAACUAACAUAACUUUGCGUGCCAACUGUAGCCAAUUUUUUUAAUUUUUUCAAACUUUGGGGGCACCCGGGUUUCAGCUCAGGUCAGACCUCACGGUCUGGGAGUUCGAGCCCCGCAUCGGGCUCUGUGCUGACAGUGCGGAGCCCGCUGGGGAUUCUCUCUCUGCCUCUGUCUCUGCCCCUCCCUUGCUCACGCUGUCUCAAAAUAAAUUUAAAAAAAAAAAAACUUGAAAAAUGUUAAAUAUCUACAAGAGCUCAUAGGAGAAAGCAAAGUCUCAGAAGGGAGCGAUCGAUAAAUGCAGCCAGUGCCGUCUGAUGCCAACUCAGGGCAGGCACAGCGUGUGCUCCUGGGGUCCUGGGCCCCUCUGAAGGGAGCAGCAGGCAGAAGGUAGGUUCCCCACACCGGCUUGCAGAUUCGGGACGGUCGCCCCGUGCUGGGCCAGAACGGAGCUUGGCCAACGCAGACGUGGUGAGCAAAGCCCCAGCCACUGACAUCCUACCUCUCACGCUGGGCUGCAGCUUCUGUCCUGUGCAGACAGGGGCCAUGGCCGAACACUUUAAAGAAGUAAGCAGGUGUCUCGUGUGCCUGGCCUACCUCAAAACGCCCAUGUACCUGAAAUGUGGCUACGUCUGCUGCCUGCGGUGCCUGGAUUCGCUGCAGAGAGAGCCCGACGGGGUGGGCCUACUGUGCCCCUCCUGCUCUGUGGUCUCUCAGAAGGAGGACAUCAGGCCCGGAAGCCAGCUUGGGAGGCUGGUUGCAAAGAUCAAGGAGUUAGAGCCCCAGCUGCGAGCUGUUCUACGGAUGAACCCAAAGAUACGCAAGUUCCAAGUGGACGUGACCUUGGACGUUGACACGGCCAACGGCUACCUCGUCAUUUCUGAGGACCUGAAGAGUGUCCACUGCGGGUAUUCCAGACAGAACCGGACGCCCCGGGCCGAGAGAUUCGACUAUGCCCUCUGUGUGCUGGGCUCCCCUGGGUUCUCCUCUGGCCGCCACUACUGGGAGGUGGACGUGGGGACCAGCAAGGAAUGGGACGUGGGUGUUUGCAGAGACUCUGCUCAUCGGCAAGGGCCGGUUCUGCUGUCCUCAGAGUUUGGCUUCUGGACGGUGGGUCUGAGGACAGAUCUCUUCCAAGCCGGCACCAUGCCUGUGACUGUUCUCUCGGUGAGCCCCCGGUUACACCGCGUAGGGGUCUUCCUGGAUAGGAAUUUUGGCACCGUUUCCUUUUACCACGUUAGCGACGGAUCCCACAUUUUCACAUUCACUGAAAUUCCUGCCGCGGAGACGCUGCGUCCGUUUUUUGCUCCUGGGAAUCCGACCACGGACGGGCAAGAAGUCCUGAGAAUCUGCCCUGUGAGGAGCCCAGGCGUUGCCAGCAACCCCGCGGGUUCUGGGCAGAGCAAACGAACCUCCGAUGCAGAACAUUUGUAGAGAAUUCCCGUGUGCUCACAGCUGGAGCCGGGAACUCUCCUGCGGGUUACGUGCGUGGUGCAGACGUGGCAGGAAAACACGCAACGGCUGGUGACUCGUGAACGCUAAUUACAUGAAAGCAUUUAAGCGUCAGCACAGUUGUUUCUCUGGGGACUCGUUCCUAUUUCGGUUCCGAUGACUGGGUUCUGGGUUUUCACAUCAGUUUCUGAGUGUUUUUUAUUUUCUGCAGUAUUAACUUAGUGUGCAAUGGAGGUUAUAAACGAAGUAAAAACUUGGAUGUGACCCAACGGGUUAAUUGACUUUCUAGGUGAUAUGUGGGCCAAGAC